CACACACGCACACACACACACAGGCUUUAAAUACCUUUUUGCCUUAGAUACUGUCAGAUCAAUCCGACUGUGUUUCACUCAAUGACGCCAGCAUGGGACACUCAGGGCUGUUUGUUUGGUUUUUUGUCCUAAAUGUUGCUCACUGCUUGGAAAUCAUGGGUCUGGUUGGAGAGAGGAUCCAUGAAAACAUCACAGCAGUCCUGGGGGAGGACGUCUACCUGAGCUGUACUUACGUGGGUGAGAGUGAGAUCCAGGACGCAGAGUGGAAACGCCAGAUCAACUCCAAAAUGAAAUCCAAGCGACUGGCCGGAUUUUUUAAUGGCGAGCCAUUUAGCCGCGAUGGCAUCUCAAAGCCGGACUCUCUCACCAACCUCACAGUUAAGAUGAAAGUGUCCAGUGUAGAAGUGGAAGGAGAAUACAUCUGUGAGUUUGAGGCUCAGGAAGAGCCGUAUUACGGCAGUGUACAUCUCACUGUAGUAGCCCGGCCUGACAUACAGAUGCUGGUGAAGGCAGAGACCAUCAACGGCUCCCAUUACCAGUCGGUGUCGUGCUCCGCGGCCGGUGGGAGGCCCAGACCUCAGAUCAGCUGGUUGGUCGCCGGCCUUCCUCCGUCCCAUGACCCUUUUGCUGUGGAAGUGAGUGAAAGUGUUCACUCAAACGGCACCUACACAGUGAGCAGCAUCCUGCGCUUCCCCACCCACCUGCAGGAUGAGGACAGCGUGACUUGUGUGGUCCAUCACCAAACCUUGCCGGAACCAAAACUCACCUCGGCCAGGGUGGAAACCUACACGAGGCCGAACGUGAGCGUAAAAGCAGAGAUGGUGCAGAAAGGAGGAGUGGAGUUCUGGGUGGUCUCGUGCAUUUCAUCGGGAGGGAGACCUGACGCUGACAUCGCCUUGGCUUUGGACAGCGGCGAAGAGCUGCAGGGAGAGAACGUUACGAACUCACACAUGCAGACGAGUUCAGUUCUCCUCCCUGUAACGGUAUAUGAGGGCCACAAUAUCACCUGCGCCUUUGACCACCCCAAAUUCACGCACCAUGUGACACGUGUCAUAGCGCUGCCGUCUUUUUAUUUGUCAGAGGUGGGAAGCGACAGUGAUGACCUCCGAGCGGCUGAACCUUUAGAGUUGCAGGAAGGACGGACGGACGUCGUCAUCAGCCUGCCCGUCACUGGCAACGUGCCACAUUACAACGUUACCUGCAAAAAAGACGACGGCCCCUUGCCUGACGGUGUUGAGCUGUUUGGCAGCAGCCUCACUCUUCAGGGUCCUCUGGAGCUUCAGCACGCCGGCCUGUACGAAUGCUUCUUCUCCUAUCACCACGUUAAAGCAAACCUGACGAUCCGUGUCACAGUUAAACCUCAACGUAUGCUGCCUGUUGCUCCAACAAUUGGAGUAGACUUUCGGACUGAAGACGGACACAGGCUGAUAGAGUGCUCAGCAGCAGAUGCUGUACCUGCAGCCAACAUGUCCUGGCUUCUACCAGAGGGUUCGUCUGGAGUUUCUUGGUUCAAUUUCACUUCUCAUAAUGGAAGCCACUCCGUCAGGGGAGUUUUACUCCUCCCUGCCUGCUCGCCUUGGGAGCUCACCGCAGAGUGUGUAAUAAAUCACCCGGCGUUCGAGGGGCCGGCGAACAGAAGCAUCACCCUCCCUCCCUGCGCCCGCCCCGAAAUCACCAUCAACUCGAGCACUGAGUGGACGGACGGCGAAGAGUUCACGAAGGUGGACUGCUCCGUGGAGAGCGUUGCCCCGGCAGCAACCGUGAGGUGGCAUGUUGGAAACAGCAGCAGCAUCGGUUACCUGUCUGCGACUGAGGUCCGGCCCGAUGGUUCGGUGCGGGCCCGGAGCUCCGCGCGUGUCCCGUCAUCUUCGUGUUGUGGUCAGAAUGUGACCUGCACAGUGGAGCAUCCAAGCCUGGAGGCACCAGAAAAAAGAACAAUGCACAUUCUUUUGAACAAAGCCCCCCUGCUGGCUGUGUCUCUGGUGAGACAGCAGGAGUCUCCUCUCUGGCUGGCGGUGUGUGACUACAGCGGAGGGGGCGUUGGGCCUGACCUCGCCUGGGUCCUUCCCGAGAAUGCCAAAGGCCAAACAUCCCUGCAUUCAGAGCAUGAGGGCUGUGUCAUCAAAGCCAGGCUGACUUAUCAGUUUCCUCUGGCCCUUCAUGAGGGGCAGGACCUGACCUGUGCGUAUCUUUUGGAACGGGGAGUGACAGAGAAAAAGACCAUUCACAUCCCCAGAUACUAUAUCUCCUCCGUCAGAGUCUUAAAUCACACGACUCGUCUGCAAAGCCGCUACGUUGGUGAAACCAUCACGCGUAGACUGGCUCUCGAGGAAAACCAUCACAACCAAAGAGUGCUGCUCCGAGUCGAAGGCAACGUGCCAGAGUACAACCUCGUCUGUGAAAGGAGCGAUGGCGCAUUUGCCCAAAUGGAGGGUGAUGCGAUGGUCUUCCAGUCCCGGCUCACGGAGCGGGAUGAAGGCCUGUACAGCUGCCGGGCGUCGUUUUAUCACCACACGGCCACCGUCCACAUUCAAGUGGAAUUCACCAGCGAGAAACAGCAGCUCGCUCUUGCUGUAGUCGUCGGCCUUUCUUCGGCCUUGGCCGGCACCCUCGUCCUCGUCCUCACCUCCUGGGUGUGCUGCAAAAUACAUAGCCGGUCCCAUUAUAAGAAAAAGGAGUCUCUCGCUGCGUUGACAUCUCUGAUGCAAGAGCCCGGCUCCCCUGAGGUAAAGAAGUCAGCAGUGACGGAAAACAAAAGCGAGGAAUAUGGUCCGAUGGUCAGCUACUCCAUUGUCUUUGACAUCAAGAGUACAGUGUGAAGAUGAAAGGACUUUUGAUUGACAUUCUGCUUUGCACUGUGAACAAAGCUAUUGAUAAAGGCUUGCUGGAACUGCAGUGUAUUUUUAGCAUAAGACGUGAAAUAAUCCUUUUUAUGUACUAAAAUGUGAUUUAAUCCUAAUGAAUUUGAAUGAUUUCAAUGUAUUACUUCAAUGUAUUUGUCAAUAAAAUCAUUUUAAUAUAAAUGUAAA